ACUCCCUCUUUUUCUCACACUUACUCUGACUGUUUUGUGCAAUGUGUGAUUUGAGCUCUGUAUUUUCAUGUGAUCUAUAAAAGUGGGAAUUUGAUGCUGUCUUUGUUGUUUGUUCAAGUUCCUAAUCAGGGAAUUUGGUUUGUCUUUGUCAAAUUUAAGCAAGCAUUUUGAUACUCUUUGAGGUUCCAUCAAACACCCACGUCAGGGGCUGUGAAAUGAAAAUUUUCCCAUUUCAGUAUUUGCACAAUUUAAGUAGAAUUUGAUGCUUUUUGGCCUUUUUUAGGUGCCUAUCUGGGAAUACCUCAAAAGGGUUUCUUCAACCUCCUUUUUUUAAGGGGGUCUCGAAAGUUGUUGGGACUUGAUUCAAAACUUGAACAACUAGACUUUCCUUUUACCUGGUUAAACUGCUUCAAACACCUCGUUCAUUUUCAUAUCAAUUGCUCAAACCUUGUGAUCCUCUGCAAUUGGGUUUCAGUUGAAGAGAUUCAAAGCCUACUAACAUCAAUCAAUGCCAUUGGUGUGUAAUUAAGUGGAGAAUGUGGAAAAAAAUUUCUCCUAUAAGCAAAAGAGAAAAAGGGAAUCUGCUUUCUUUUUCUUAGUCUGGUGAGCUGUUACUUAGCUAAGCUAUAGUUUGUCUAUGUUUACUUUAUGCUCUGAAAGGUUCACUUUCUUGUCGUUGUGAAGUGUUUCCUCUUUUAACUUGCUUAUCAGAGUAGAUUUGACCCUAGGGUUUUUGAAAGAUGAAGUAAGCAAGCUGAUGCUCGUUAGAUAUUAUGCCUGAUAGAUUGGAUUUCUCCUUUACUUUGUGCCUGUGCGAUGCUGCUAUGGGGGAUUUCUUUUACUUUAACAUCCCAUCAGCCCUAUAAAGCUGCCAGUGUUAUUUGUUCCUUGUUGAGUCGUGCAAGAUAUCCCCGUGCUAAAUUUGCUCAAACUCCACUUUGCCUUUAGUUUUAUAUACCAGCUGCUUGCUUCUGUGUGAUAUCUAUUUUAGUCCUCUUCUAGGCCAACCAUUGAUAGGGUUUGUGUCAGUAAUAGAUAGUUCUAUUCCUUUGGGUUUAAGUUUUGAGAAGAAAGUAUGGAUGUUGGUGAUAAUAAUGAUGCAGGAAGUCAGAACAGAAAUGAGUGUGUUAUGAAUUGCCCAUCUUCAGGGAUGAAUACAAAGGUUUCAGGAAUGUCACUGAACUCAAUGUCCAUGUAUAAGUCUUCAAGUGGAGCAGACCAUUUUUUUGGUUCUGGUUGGGAUCCAGUUGUUUCUUUAAGUCAUGGUGAAAAUUUUGGAGUUUCUUCAAUGGUUUCUCAUUGUCAGUUUGCUACUUCUCCUUACGCUGUUGUAAUGGAAAACCAGGGAAUUAGUAGCACCUCCAACUUAGCUCAGUAUUCAUCUGAUCCCAGUUUUGUUGAGCUUGUACCAAAGAUUCCAGGCUUUGGAAGUGGAAACUUCUCAGAAAUGGUUAGCUCCUUUGGCUUACCCGAGACUGCACAUAUUACUAGCAGUGGGUGCUCUCCAAAUUUUACUCCGAGUAAGGAGAGUGGCAAUAAGAGGAAUUCAGCAAAUGUAGCACAAUCUUUUGAGGACCAUCAAAUCUCCGAAGAGGCAGCCAUAGGAACUUCAACCAAUGGAAAGGCAAGGAAGCGAACACCUGAGUCAAGUUCUCCUUCCAAUCCCGAAAAGAAUGGUGACAAAGAGCAUCAAAAUGAUCCCUCUGGUGAGAGUCUUGGUAUUGUGAAGGAACAAGAUGAGAAGAAACCAAAAAUGGAGCAAAGCAUAGGUGCAAAUUCGCGUGGUAAACAAGCAGCUAAACAAGCUAAAGACAGUUCUAAUAGUGCAGAGGCUCCUAAAGAAUACAUUCAUGUGAGAGCCAAAAGGGGUCAGGCUACAAAUAGUCACAGCCUUGCAGAGAGGGUGAGAAGGGAAAAGAUUAGCGAGCGGAUGAGACUGCUUCAAGAACUUGUUCCUGGAUGCAAUAAGAUCACUGGUAAGGCAGUCAUGCUUGAUGAAAUUAUCAAUUAUGUGCAGUCACUGCAACAACAGGUUGAGUUUCUUUCAAUGAAACUUGCCACUGUCAAUCCUGAACUGAAUAUUGAUAUAGAAAGGAUUCUGUCCAAAGAUUUUCUCCAUUCGCGAAGUGGGGGUGCUGCUAUUUUCGGAUUCAGUUCUGGAAUGAACUCCUCUCAACCUUACUCUCAUGGAAUUGUCCAAGGAACCGUGCCAAGUAUCCCAACUGCUAAUCCACAAUUUCCUCCCUUGCAUCAGUCAAUGUUAGACCCUGAGCUCCAGAGUCUUUUCCAAAUGGGGUUAGAAUCCGGUUCAGCUGUUGACAGUCUGGGGUCACAUGGGCCAUCGAAAUCAGAGCUCUGAUAAAUUGGAAGCAUGAGGGGGCUGAAGGUCCUGCUAACAGAGAAUCCAAAAGUUUCAAGUUGACUGCACAUUUUAUGUCAUUUAGAAAAGAAAAGGAAAUAGAAAAAGAAAGGAACAGUUGUAUAGGUUCUCGGCUCCUUACUGCUUGUUCUUCAAACUUUUAACUGAAGAAUGCGACUUGGUAGAAUCACAAAGCAUUUGUAUAUUCAGCAACAAAAAGAGACUUUCAUUAGUCAUGAUUGUGUUCAAUUGGCCUUGUAGAUUAGAGGUAGAAUGUGUGAAGUAUUUUUUUUUUCUCCUUUGUCAUGAUUGUUUUCCAGAAAUUAUUCUUAUAACAAAGUGUCUUGUAGAUUGAACUGGAAAGUUGUAUGAUUGAGAUGAUGUUUCAAUUUAUUUGCAUUCAUUCUUAGCUCCA